AUCAGAAGUUACCGGCAGAGUUUGGUCUUCUUAUCUCUGGUUUGUUUUUUUGUGUUCUAGAUUUUGGUCCCAUAAAAAUUAAAAAUUGAGAAUUAUAAUUAUUGAGUUUAAUAACUUUAAUAAUAACACAGCCAACUUUCAAUGGAGAACAAAAUAAUUUGUGUGCCUGGACAACGGCUCUGUCGACUAGAUUCGACACACACUUUAGGUAAAGGGACAUAUAAAAGACAAGAUUACAUUUAUUCCAGUUUGGCUGGAAUCGUGAAUGUAGAUAACACAAAUAAUAAAAUAUCUGUAGUGGAAGUUCGAAGUAAAGAUAAGACUAUUGUUCCAGCACCUGGAGAUAUUGUAACAGCAAUGGUGACUACAUUAAACCAAGACAUGUGCAAGUGUCUUAUCACAAGUGUCUGUGGACAUGAGCUAAAUGAAACAUACAGAAGUAGCCUUAGAAGACAAGAUGUACGCAUGAAAGAAAUUGACAAAAUUGAUAUGUUACAAUGUUUUAGACCAGGAGAUAUAAUAUUAGCUAGAAUAUUGCCAAUGACUGAAGCUCAUACCUUUAAACUAACCACUGCUGAAAAUGAACUUGGAGUAGUCAUUGCGUGCAGUGAAUAUGGCCAUCCAAUGACUCCUAUUAGUUGGACUGAAAUGAAAUGUACAAAAACAAGUGUAGUAGAAUACCGAAAAGUAGCUAAAAUUGUUCAAGACACCACAGGAGAAAAUGUUUAAAGAUAUUAAGAAUUUUUUUUCUUUUUUAUUAUAUAUACUACUUUUUAUGUAUGAUUGGAUAGUUGUUGUAAAAUAAAACAAGACAAAUUAAAAAGAGAAAAAUUAUAACAAUA